GGGGUUGGAAACUGGCUGAGGGUGGGAGUGAGGGAGGAGCUGGGCCCUUGGGCUGCACUGGGGGGAGCCUGGACUAGAGAUGGUAUCGCAAUCGGCAGGAAGCCCUUGGCCCUGGAUUUCCCGGGAGGACAAUCAUUAAACAUGGAUUCGGCCACACAGCUGGUAGAGCGUUGGGGGCAGGGGCCGGUCCCAGGAGCUGAAAUCCCAGUCCUUCUCAGCCCAGACCCUGAUCCCUGGCCUUUCCCGCGUAGCUCUGUUCUCCCCCUCCCCUUCCCAGGGCUCCACGCUGGCCAGGAGGAUGAAAGGCCCCAGCUGGGGGCUCUUUGCCACCAGCGCUGGGUCCUAAGAGCUGCUAUCCAGGCUGGCCGCCCAGAUGGCGACCCCAGCCUCGGCCCCAGACACACGGGCUCUAGUGGCAGACUUUGUAGGCUAUAAGCUGAGGCAGAAAGGUUAUGUUUGUGGAGCUGGCCCUGGGGAGGGCCCAGCAGCUGACCCGUUGCACCAAGCCAUGCGGGCAGCUGGAGAUGAGUUCGAGACCCGCUUCCGGCGAACCUUCUCUGAUCUGGCAGCCCAGCUGCACGUGACCCCGGGCUCAGCCCAGCAACGCUUCACCCAGGUCUCUGAUGAACUCUUCCAAGGGGGCCCCAAUUGGGGCCGUCUUGUGGCCUUCUUUGUCUUUGGAGCUGCACUGUGUGCCGAGAGUGUCAACAAGGAGAUGGAGCCACUUGUAGGACAAGUGCAGCAGUGGAUGGUGGCCUACCUGGAGACGCGGCUGGCUGACUGGAUCCACAGCAGUGGGGGCUGGGCGGAGUUCACAGCUCUGUACGGGGACGGGGCCCUGGAGGAGGCUCGGCGUCUGCGGGAGGGGAACUGGGCCUCAGUGAGGACAGUGCUGACAGGGGCCGUGGCACUGGGGGCCCUGGUAACUGUAGGGGCCUUUUUUGCUAGCAAGUGAGAAAGUCCAGGGCUAGGUGGGGCUAAGUGUGGCUGGGAGAUGGGAGAGCAGGAACAGAACAGAGAAAUGCCCUUGACAGAAGUUGGGUGAAUGGAUGGGCACGGAAUGGGGCUGGGAAGGGGCAGGGUAGUGUGUGAGGGAGCUGACUGUGCCAGGCAGGCAGUUGGAAGAAUGAGCUGGAGACAUCAGGGAAUGUAUUUGGAAAGUCAGGGGCUGGGAGAUGGAGUCCUGUUCCAGGGCUGGGGGGAGGUGGGAGGGAUCAUGCUUGUAGGUGUAGGCACGUGGAAUACCCAUAGCUUGAUUUGCAGCCGUGAGGACGGUGGACUUGCAUAAGGGGUUUCAUCUCCAUUGGAAGAGUGGGAUUUGGGGAAAACACAGAAGGUACAUGCCUUUGGAAUGGAAAAUGGAGGUUCUUGGGUGAUAGAGGUAGCUGUGACAGUGGGCUGCUCGCACACACAUAUAUUCGUGUGCAUGCUGGACCUUUGUCUAAUCUGGUGAUGGUGGGAUUCUUAAAGAAGAAAACAUUCCCUCUUGCAGUGGCAAGAACAAAGGAGCAGUUCUCUGCCCCUCCUCCUAACCCCCUUCUUCCCAUUUCCCUUGUUCCAAUUCCUCAAGGCCAAGGGAGAAACACUGUAUCCAGACGGAGGGCUCUGGGCAUUUCUCUGCCGGAAGUGGUUAGCAGUUCUUUAGAGAGAAGAGCAAUUCUGUAGCUGGCCUUGUUCCUUCAUCAUCCCCCUUCCCUGUGUGUUGCAUCAAGCACUUGCUGCUGCCUCCUGGGCUCUGACAGGAUGGCAGGGCUGCAGAGCCUGCGGUGGGUGGAGGCUUUGGUAGCUGGACCUGCCUGCCACCCUCAUCUCCCACUGGAGUGCACUGGUGCCUAAAAAUUUGUUCCCUGUCUCUGGGACCUUCUAUGCCUAAACUUAAAUUCUUAAAUUGGGGCUCUAAUUUUCCUUUUGAGGUUGUGGACAUAAAUGCUGAUCUAGAAGACAGUCUGGGUCAUGUACUGUGUCUCAGUAAGACUGUUGAUGCCUUGAGAACAACAUUCCAGCUCUGAACCCUGUGGGUGUGAAGGUGACAUGUAAUACAUGACUGGCCUAUUCCAUGUGAUAGGCUUUGGUGCUGCUUUAUCAAGGGCCAGGUGUAUGGGUUCUAGAGGACCUACUAUGACCUAGAAGCAUUUAUAUUUCUUUGAAGCCCUACUGUUUGCAUGGGUGUUAUUUGUCUGUACCUCAGAGUCUGAGGAUGUUGACUUUGGGGCGAGCGCACAGUCCUCUAGAGCAGAUUCA